CCAGAGGGACGCUUUCUCCUUAGCAACCAGGGCUGCUCCCACCAUGGCAGAGGAAGAGGGUACUGCUGCAGCCACGGAGAAAGUUAGCCGGAUCCAGAGGGUGUUUAUAAACCUGCUGGAUUCCUACAGCAGCGGGAACAUCGGGAAGUUUCUGUCUAACUGCGUCGUUGGGGCUUCCCUUGAAGAAAUUACGGAAGAAGAGGAAGAAGACGAAGAAAAUAAGUCAGCCCUGCCGGAAGCCUCAUCAGUCAGACUUAAGGAAGGCACCUUCCAGAUUGUGGGCACACUCUCCAAGCUCGAAAGUGUUCAGCCUGACUUUGCCAUGGAGACAUACACUACCAUCUCUCGAGAAGACCUUCUCAUGCGCCUCCUGGAGUGUGACGUCAUUAUUUAUAACAUCUCCGAGAAUGCACAGCAAGCAGAGGAGGCCAUCUGGGCAGUGUCUGCCCUGAAUGAAGAAGUCAGCCACUUUGAGAAGCGCAAGGUAUUUAUUUUAGUCUCCACCGUGAUGACCUGGGCACGAUCCAAACCCCUGGACCCUGAUGAUUCUGAGAUUCCAUUUACUGAAGAGGAUUAUCGAAGAAGAAAACACCAUCCAAAUUUUCUGGACCACAUAAAUGCUGAAAAAAUGGUUCUCAAGUUUGGAAAGAAUACAAAAAAAUUCACAACUUACGUGGUUGCUGCUGGACUUCAGUAUGGAGUGGAAGGAGGCAUCUUACAUUAUUUUUUUAAGAUAGCUUGGUUGGGUGAGGUUCCUGCCAUACCGGUGUUUGGAGAUGGAACAAAUGUCAUUCCAGCCAUUCAUGUUCUUGAUCUAGCAGGAGUGAUACAGAACAUCAUAGACCACGUGCCAAAGCUCCAUUACCUGGUUGCUGUGGACGAGUCUGUCCACACCCUGGAAGACUUGGUCAAGUGCAUCAGUAAAAAUACUGGCCCUGGGAAAAUCCAGAAAAUACCCAAAGAAAAUGCUUUCCUAACCAAGGACUUAACACAAGAGUGUCUUGACCAUUUACUGGUGAAUUUGAGAAUGGAAGCCCUUUUUGUGAAGGAGAAUUUUAACAUUCGGUGGGUUGCCCAAACAGGAUUUGUGGAAAAUAUCAACAAUAUCCUCAAAGAGUACAAGCAAAGCAGAGGAUUACUGCCGAUCAAGAUCUGCAUUCUGGGUCCUCCCGCUGUGGGGAAGUCCAGUAUCGCCGAAGCCUUGGCCAAGCACUACAAGCUGCAUCACAUUAAACUGAAGGAUGUCAUCUCCGAAGCCAUAGCGAGACUGGAGGCGAUUGUCACACCUAAGGAUGAAGGGGAAGAUGAAGAAGAAGGGGAGGAGGAGGAAGAGGAGAAUGUGGAAGAUGCCCAGGAGCUCUUGGAUGGCAUCAAGGAGAGCAUGGAACAAAAUGCAGGCCAACUAGAAGAUCAAUAUGUAAUUAGAUUUAUCAAAGAAAAGGUGAAAUCGAUGCCUUGCAGGAAUCAAGGUUAUAUUUUGGAUGGAUUCCCAAAGACCUAUGAUCAAGCUAAAGACCUGUUCAAUCAAGAAGACGAGGAAGAAGAAGAAGAAGUCAGAGGCAAAAUGUUCCCCUUUGAUAAACUAAUCAUACCUGAGUUCGUUUGUGUGCUCGACGCCUCUGAUGAGUUCCUGAAGGAGCGGGUGAUGAACCUCCCCGAGAGCGUCGUGGCGGGAACCCACUACAGCCAGGACCGCUUCCUCCGGGCUCUGAGCAACUACCGGGACCUCAAUACCGAGGAUGAGACUGUCAUCAACUAUUUCGAUGAGAUUGAAAUCCACCCGAUACAUAUUGAUGUAGGAAAACUUGAAGACCCUCAAAACAGACUUGCCAUCAAACAGCUCAUCAAAGAGAUUGGGGAGCCUCGAAAUUAUGGCCUAACGGAAGAAGAGAAGGCAGAGGAGGAGCGGAGGGCUGCAGAGGAGAGGCUGGCCAAGGAGGCCAUGGAGGAGGCGGAACGGGAGCACAGGGAAGCCGUGGAGCUGGCGGAGAAGAUCGCCCGCUGGGAGGAGUGGAAUAAGCGACUAGAGGAAGUAAAAAGAGAAGAAAGAGAACUACUAGAGGCCCAGUCUAUUCCCCUGAGAAACUAUUUAAUGACCCAUGUGAUGCCAACCCUGAUGCAGGGUCUGAAUGAGUGUUGUAAGGUCAGACCGGAUGAUCCCGUUGAUUUUCUGGCAGAAUAUCUCUUCAAGAACAAUCCUGAAACGCAGUGAAAAUUUAAAGAUUGGGUGUGAUACACCUUUAGAGUUAGAGAUGAGGUUAAAAUUGUGAUUUGGAAUUCUGCUUGAAAAAAAAUACUUUUCCAGUUUUUGGAAAAUUCUUUGUUUUCUCCCUAAGUAAAUACUUUAUUUUUUCUUAAUACUUUAAAAUUUUGGGGGGCCAGUACUUUAUUAAGUAGAAUCAUUAUAAAAAGCUGAUGACAAUGAGUGACUUUGUUAAAGAACUGUAUUUUAAAGGUAAAUUGAUGAAGUAUCUGUGUAUAGUUCAUAGGACAAAUAUUGAUAUAACAUUUCAUUCUUAGUCAAAGUGUUCUGCACACUUGGAUUUACAGUAAUUUAUAGCAUGAAGAGAAUCAGACUGUAUAUUAUUUGAACACGUAGGCUAAUGACUUUACAUAGUUUGCUAUUGCCCUAGUGCCAAUGGUGUCAGAAAGAAAUGACAAUGGUUUAUGCUUUGGUGACUCACGCUAAGUCAGAUGUCAUUGGUUUCCAGGGGUAAAUUUUUGAGUUCAGGGUAUCUUAAGCAAUGAGUCAUAGAGAGAAUUAUAAACCUUUUGGUAGAAAAAAAUACCAUAACAAUAAAUAAUCCUAGUAUUUGUGGUAAUUAAAAGUUAAAUAUUUUCAACAAACUUUAUAAUAUAGCCAUAAGCAUUCAAUCCCUACGGUCUUUUCCAGCUUGAAAAAUCCCAUAAUUCCCAGAAUUAUAUACUAUGAGAAGUUAUACUGAAUGAGAAAUGUAUUAAAAUAUAUUUCACCUUGGGGCACCUAGGUGGCUCAGUCCAUUAA